UGGAUGAAUAAAGGCCAUUGUGUACAUAGUUUGGGAGUUAAACAUGAAGACUAUACCGGCUUUCUUAACACUCUUAUUCAUCCUCAUUGUUGAUACUGAAGAAAGCGUGGCGGAAUAUGAUGAUAUUCGUUUGGAGGGCAGGACUGCAGAGAGAACUCUAGAAGCACAAGUUCCGUUCUACUCACCCUCUCAGGCGUAUGUACAAUCCAUAUAUGGUACUUACAACCCAUCAAAAUGCUGUUGGAAGAGUGGACCAAGAGCUCCACGACUCAGAGUUAGAAACCAUUGCCAGUCUGUAGAAGUGAGGAGGAAGAUAGAGUGCAAAUUGUCCAAAAAUGCUGCAGUGAAGCGGGCCAUAGAAAGGAAUGCUAAACAUUGCGACUUAAAACAUUACCAGGAUUCGGCCGGUCUUCUAGACACCUGCUCAUCUAGAUAUCAUAGAGCUACAGAGGUGUGGUAUCUUGGCGAGAAGUGUUAUAUCGUUCGACCCCAUCAGCAAUGUGUGACCUACAGAAGGUGUAAUCGCAAAGGUGACUGUGGUACCAGUGAUGGUAAUGGUGACGAUGAUGGUAAUGGUGACGAUGACGGUAAUGGUGACGAUGACGGUAAUGGUGACGAUGACGGUAAUGGAAGUGGUAAUAGUAGAGAUGGAAAUAAUGAUGGAAAUGGAGGCAAUAAUGGUCUUAAACGCUCCACACUCAAUGGUCUUCUCAGCCGAAGGGGCGAGGCUUCCAAAGGUGGUGGAUGUUACGGUACUUAUAUGUCAUCUAGUACGUGUUUACCUGACGGCUACAAUAUGUUCCCGGUCUGGAUCUACUGCGAUUACUGUGGCUUAAAGCUGAUCAAUUUGGAGUUGCCACAGUGCUGUUCAUGCAAACGGUACAAUAAAUGUUAUGAUGUAAAAACAUUAGGUAAUGCCUAAUAAACAGCAAUUAAAAAUCUC